GGAAGCGGGGCGAGGCGCUAUAUUUAUUUACGGCGCCCAUUCCUACUCUCGAUCGCAUUCUGUUAAAUUGUAUAGCAGCUACUCAAUUUUGUGAUAAUUCUUGUCGCAUCGAGAUAGUGUGUUUAUUUUUGUUUUUAUUGCCGUAGACUUGAAGUCAAGUCUUCGACUACGAUGACGGAUGCGAUAGUGAAAAAAAGUCGAAUAUAUCCAUACUGAGGCAUAAUACUUAGUGCAAGAAUACAUCUAGAAGAGGUGCCUAUCCACGUGUGAUUUGCUCAGUGUCAGUAAUGCCCUGGGACUGUUGGCAGAAAGGAAAACGCGGUAUGACCGCGUCCGUGGUUUUCCUUGGAUCGAUCUGCCUGUCAGUGAUGCUAGCCUACCUGGUGUUCGGCGACAGUACUGAUGAAGAAGGCCUUCGUACUCUUCGCAUGAUCGCGAUUAUGUUUCGACACGGUGAUCGCUCGCCAACCGAAUUUUAUCCCAAUGAUCCCCAUCGCAACCAUCCGUGGACUGGAGGAUUAGGAGCCUUAUCGGAGAGAGGAUCUCAACAAAUGUACAAUUUAGGCAAGAACUUAAGACCGCGCUAUUAUCGUUUGCUGCCUCCUAACGGCCUAUACUCGAAGGAUCACAUGUACAUUGCUAGUAGUUAUGCCGAAAGAUGUAUAAUGAGUGCCCAGAGCUUCAUGGCUGGGUUCAUACCUCCGCUGGAGAACAACAAUCCACUUUCUAUUCCUUGGCAGCCGGCAGCGAUUAACACAUUGCCCCGAGAUCGUGACACGAUUCUUGCUCAAAAGAAAGCAUGCCCGCGCUACGAGCAAUCGCUUCAACGUUUGAUGUCCUACCCUCCCAAGGACAUACGAGAUUUGAACGAGAAAAAUGCUGCUCUGUACAAAACAUUGAGUCUGUCUACAGGAAAGAACAUUAGUACAAUUUUGGACGUGGAACUACUGUACAACACGCUGGAGAUUGAAAAGAAUGCCGGACUCGAACUGCCCGACUGGACCGAAACGAUUUUUCCGGAGAAAAUGCUACCGCUAGCAGAACGCAGUUUAGCUCUCUUCACCGAAACACCUCUGAUGAAAAAAAUCAAGGGCGGAGCGAUCGUGAGUGAACUCUUGGACAAUAUGCUACGCAAACGGGCUGGUAUUCUGAUGCCCGAACGGUCAAUUUUCGUUUACUCAGGACACGAUGUAACGUUGGUUAAUCUGAUGCGGGCACUAGGCGUGAUCGAUCAGACCACCGGGAAGCCAGAUUUUGCCGCGACGAUCGUGUUUGAGCUACACCACAGCAUCACCUUUGAUGACGAUUUCGAGGUGAAGGUGGUGUACUAUUUCAAUAGUGACGAUAAGUACCCGAAGGAGUUGAGUAUUCCGAACUGCGGCAAUCCGUGCUCGUUAACGAAAUACAGUCAGCUGAUGGAAACGAUCCACGUCAAGAGUUACGAUGAGCUAUGUCAGUUAGUUUAGAUUUGUUGAUUUGUUAUAGUCGAAUUGUAACUAUAGUCAAAUUUGGGGUGAUAUUGAGAGUUUUUUAUGAUCUGAAUUGCUGUUAAAUAGA